UAAGAUUUCUUAGCUUAGGUAGAUUGCUCUGUCUAUGACAUCUCAUGUGGGUAAAUUCUUUUGAUAGUGUAGUAUAAUUUCUUGGUUCUUUCGUUUUUAAUAUAAAACAAUGAAAUUUGACGAUUUUUUAUAAGCUGAGCGCCAUGUCCCUUGUGAUUAGUUGGGAAUGGGAAGUGCGCUAGAGACAUAUUGUGGACAAGCUUAUGGAGCCAAGGAGUAUCAUAAGCUUGGUGUUCACAUGCAGAGAACUAUGCUAGUGCUUAUGCUAAUGUGCUUUCCUAUAUCAAUACUUUGGAGCUAUACUGGUAAUAUUUUAACCUUCUUCAGACAAGACGUGGAAAUUUCAAUACAAUCUGGCAUUUAUGCGUUCUGGUUGAUCCCAGCUAUCUUUGCCUACGGUCUCCUCCAGUGCCAAUUCGGAUUUUUACAGACUCAAAAUAAUAUAAGGCCUUUGGUAAUAAGCACUGGUAUUACAAGUUUAUUGCAUCUUGUAAUUUGCUGGACCUUGGUUUGUGGAUUUAGCUUUGGAUCUAGUGGCGCUGCCAUUUGUAGUGGAAUUGCCUACUGGUUUAAUGUACUAAUAUUAGGAAUGUACAUUAAGUUUUCACCAACAUGGACAGGAUGCUCGAUUGAAGGCGUUAAAAACCUCUCCAGCUUUCUUGCUUUAGGCAUUCCCUCAUCUCUUAUGCUCUGGUAAAUUCGUAUCUCCUGUAACUGUCAAUGUCAUUUUCGGAUAUGUGAGCUUGUACUUAUAGCCAUAGUGCAGCUUGGAGUUUUGGUCAUAUGAGUUUCUGGUUCUCAUGUCUGGGCUUCUUCCUAAUCUGGUACUUACUGUUCAUUCGAUAAUUAUGUGUCCAUGUCCCAUCUAGACAAGAAAGAUUAGUGCAAAUAGAAACAUUAACACGAAAAAUUAACUGGAUCAUGUUGACAAAUUAUGAGGUACAUUACCAAGACUUUUUGGCAUUCUUCUCUCCAAAACAAACCAUCUUGUUAACUGUCUUUUAUUUUAUUGAAUUUCAGCCUAAACACGUGUUCCACUGGCAAUUUUCAUAACAUUUGUACUGCAUCAAAAUGGAAAAAUAAGAAAUUAGGAGAAAGCUCAAAACUCUGUUGGUGGGUUACUAUGAUUCAGAACCUGGAGUUGAUUGGA